AUGUAUCAUUUCUUCAAUUUGGAUCAAGCUUGGAAGAAAAUUCCUCUUCAGAUUAUCUUUAACUUAGGCAGACAAACUAAUUGAAAGAUGGCAUAUUUAGCUAAAUCCACCUUAUUCACUUCUUUCAUUGACUCGACAAGAGAGUGGUGGACUGGAAUACUUUUCAUUAAGCAAACCCAGUAUCAGGAAGAAGCUAUAGUCUAUAAUUAG